UGAAGCCUUCCUUUCUUUCCUUUCGUCUUUUAGUCCUUCGAAAAGUUUCGGUAAAUUCCCUUUUUCUCUCUUUGACUCACUCUCAUCUCUUCCUUGUCUCUUAUGUUUGUCGAAAUCCCUGAUCAUUGGGCUUUUUCUUGUUCGGGAGUUGUCGCUGUGCGGAUUUCAUCAUGGCUAAGAGUUCCUUCAAGCUUGACAAUCCAUUGGAAAAAAGGUUGGAGGAAUCUGCUCGCAUCAGAGAGAAGUAUCCUGAUAGAAUUCCUGUGAUUGUGGAGAGAGCUGACAGAAGUGACAUUGCAGAUGUUGAUAAGAAGAAGUACCUUGUUCCAGGUGACUUGUCUGUCGGUCAGUUUGUUUAUGUUAUACGUAAGAGGAUUAAACUCAGUGCAGAGAAGGCUAUAUUUGUUUUCAUCAAUAACAUUCUACCUCCAACUGCUGCGUUGAUGUCUGCUAUUUAUGAGGAACACAAGGAUGAAGAUGGCUUUCUAUACAUGACUUACAGCGGAGAAAACACCUUCGGAUCCCAUUAGGCUCAACUUAUGACCUUCUCUGUAAAUAGCAUUUGCUAGUUUAUUACUUUGCUGUUUUUACCCUACCGUAUAUUAUUCUGCAUUUUGACUAUUUCUUAAGUACUGGUUUUUAAUAUCAACAAUAUUGCUAUUCAGUUA